ACUGCAGCUUCGAGGUGAAGCUCUCUCCCCUCAUCUGUAGCUCCUCCUACACACACACACACACAUACACACACACACACACACACGAAACAAAUCCAUAAACAAGUGCAUUCAAUAGAUCAUAAAGUAGAGUCAUUUAUGCUGUAUUAAAUAUAUACACUGUAUAGAAAAUAUAAAAUGAUGCCUAAUAUUUUUGUAAUAGUUGUUAGUCAACAAAAGAGCCUCUCUGUAAAUGCAACAGGACUGCAAAAGAAAAAACAAAGCAGCGACCAGUUAUAUUAAAGCGCAGAAUAAAACUAAGACAAACCUGUAUUCAUGGAAAUGACAUGACUUUAAGGCUUAACCAAGAUAAGUGGAAAAACAGUUUGGUCAAUAGUGAUGGGAAGGAAAGACAUCAUUGUAAAAUUUGUUUAUAAACAAAACACUAAAGAUUCAUCUAUAAAAGAAUUAAAAUAAAAACUCAUACAUAUAUAGAUUUAUUUUAUAAAGCAUCUUAUUCCUGUGGUAACAAACCUGUAGCGUAUCAGACUUCAGCAAUUUGUGUACGAGGUCCAAGCUGAAUUUCAAACACAUGGUUCUCUCUGCACCUGUAAACAAAGCAGCGGGGCAAAUUUCUAUAUUUAUAAUAAAUAAAUCUAUUCAUGAUAGAUUAAUAUAAUCAGUGAUUAGACAAGGUUUAGAGAGGCCAAUCGUAACAAAACUCAGUGGACCGGUUUGACUCUUGACCCCAGAGGUCUGUGCUCAAUUUGAACCCAAACGGUCACUGGGAGGCACCAUCACAUUUUGUUUUGUGUGUGGAUUUUAUAUCAUGUGAUGUUUCCCACAAACACAAAUUCUUUAUAUCAAAUUGUAGAUCUCCUUAUUUUGAACAACUGUGCCUCAAGAACCACUGCUGUCAAUCAAAUUGCUGUCAACUCAUACAUACAUGUACACACAUUAUGCACACACACAUGAACUGGUGUGACUAACAGACCAGAUCUUGUGCGAUUUGUAAAAAUAAAUAAAUAAAAUUAUUAUAUGAGCACAGUGACAGGGGCACCUUCAUAAAGUUUUGCAUAAGGUCCCCAGAUGUUUAGGACAGUCACUGGAUUUAGUUUUACACAUUAAUUUAUAAAUAUCUAUUGAAUAAAAAUGAAGCCAUGUUUUUCAUAAUUGUUGUACAGAUAGGUGGCAAAUUAAAGGAACACCCUUAAGAAAGGAGUUAGGGGUGAGGGCAUUUUUCUGGCAUGGUUUGGGUCCACUUAUCCCCUUAAAGGAAAUGGUCACUGCACAUCAAUAUGAAGUGGUUUUGAAUGAUCACCUUUUUUCCUAUGAUGAAGCAUUUCUAUCCUGUUACAAACGGACAAUGCACCAUCCACAGGGCACAAGGGGUCAGUGAAUGGUUAAUGAUGUGAAGGAUAUGUCAUGGCCUAACCUGAUCUCAACCCAGUUGAACAUCUAUGGGAGAUUUUAGACCAAUGUGUUAUGUCUAUGUGAUGUCUUCAUCAUUAUCAAGACAGCAAAUGAUGAUCAUUUGGAACAAUAGUGUACCAUUCCAGCAGUACAAUUCCAGAGACUUCUAGAAUCAAUGCCAAGGCACAUUGAAGCUGUCCUGGGAACACAUGGUGGCUUAACACUGUUCAUUAAGACACUGUUAAUUUUCCCUUUAAUUUCUCACCCAUCUGUAUAAUGUCACUGUCACAUGGAAACCUAGUAUCUCCAGAUUUGAUCAUUUUUCCUUCUUUAAGUUCUUUAUAAAACAAUGCUAUUGGUUACCCUUUACAUUUAACUGUGGGUUUCACAAAUAUUUAACCAAUGAAAAGUAUUAAAAAGUGUUUGUGACUAAAUCUCAAUCUCUAAAACUUUUGGUAAAGCCUCAUAACUCCACCCCACCUACAUGUUGAAGGAUUGAUGUGCCACACAGCAGAGCUGAACGUAAACAGUGAUCUUGAAGUAACCACUUCAUCCUGCUCAGGAUUGAGGAGGAUCCAGAGUUUAUCCAGGAUUAAUGGGCAAGAGGCAAGAAUAUAUCUUACAUCAGUCCAUCACAGGAGACCACGGACACACACACAGACACAGAAUCACAGACUCAUUCACACCCUGGGGCAAGAUAGCAUAGGAGAUCCACCAACCAGUAGGUCUAUGUGUGGUGGGAGAAAACCUGGAGGAAUCCUGCACAGACGCAGGGAGAAACUGCAGUUCCACAUAAACAGUAUCCUGAGCUCAGGAUCGAAUCAGGGAACAUGGAGCUGUGAGGUGGUUGUGAUCCUGUCAACCAACCGUAAGGAUAAAUACGAUUGCGUGAAGAAGUACCUGUGUGUGGACUGUCCCACUCCAAGCCAGUGUGUGGUGGCUCGCACCCUCAGCAGACCUCAGACCCUCAUGACCAUAGCCACAAAGAUCUCCUUGCAGAUGAACUGCAGGAUGGAAGGAGAGCCGUGGAGCGUCGAGACCCCGUUGAAGCACCUGAUGAUGUUGGUAUCGACUGCUACCACGACAGUGCCGCAGGAAAGAGAUCCAUCGGUGCACUGGUGGCCAGCCUCAACCCGGGCAUGUCCAGCUGUGCUGAAGGCCUACUUCAAAUACAACGAAUGUUUGUCGUCACGCAUCGUGGUGUAUCGAGACGGCGUGGGCGACGGCGUGCUGCUGAGCGUAGUCGACUACGAAGUGCCUCAGUUCACGCAGUCCAUCAAGGCCAUGGGUGAAGAUUCCGCGUGAGACUCGACACAUCUCGAUAAAACAGAUUUGACGCACGCUUUUUGGGUUUUCUCUCAGCCAUCAGUGUUUCUGUGUACGGGCCCAAACUGACCGUGUUGGUGGUGAAGAAACGCAUCUCUUCCAGAUUCUUCGCUCUCCUCGACGCCAGACUGAGCAACCCUCCUCCCGGAACGGUCAUCGACGCCGAAGUCACGUGACCCGAGUGGUGUGUUCAGGCAUAGUUCAUCCAUCUUUUUCUCUUUUUCUAGCGGUCUUUCUGAUCGCAGCUUCAGGUUACGUUCGAACGCUGAUGGCUUGAUUUGUCAGGUACGACUUCUUCAUCGUGAGUCACAAAGUGCGCUUCGGCAGUGUGGCCCCCACUCACUACAACGUGGUGUACGACAGCAGUGGCCUCAAACCAGACCACAUGCAGAGACUCACCUACAAACUCUGCCACCUGUAUUACAACUGGCAGGUAAAAGCCACACACACACACACACACGUUCAUACGGGAGGAGGGUUGCUCAGUCAACUAUUUUCAUUGUCGAUUAUUAUCAACUAUUAUGCAUUAGUUGUUGCAGCUCUAUUUGCAACACAUUAUACUAAGAAUUGUGUGGUAUUUUAAGAUGUUUGUUCAAGGUAAUGCAGUUAAUACCCAUUGCAGUUCUUUAUACUUCGGGUUAUUACUCAGAUUAUAAAUGUAUUUGAGUGAGGACAUUUAUCACCUGUGUGCUUUUUCUGCAUUGUUAUUAGCAUAUGUACUGUAUGAUUUAGUAAAAUAAUCAUUAGCCAUUACGUUGUUAUUCUGAUUACUCUGGGUGUGUGUGAGUGAGUUCAUGCUCUUGGGUGUGUGUGCUGUGUGCUGCACUUCCUCUUUUUGGUCAGGCCCUACGCCUUGCUGUAGUUAACUUUUAAGAGACAUUGUCUAUAAGGAAGAGAGCGUGACUCUGUUCUUUCCCUUAUUCUCAAUAAAUUCUCAUUCUCCAUAUUUUAUUGCCCUUGUCUUUUAUUUCUAUCAAAAAUCUUCUCCAACACUGAUAACGAUCGGUCUGAUGAGACCUGAGCCAGGAGAGGACCGUUCCCUUAAUGCCAACAACAU